AUGGAGUCUCCUUCGCAUCCUCUUGCUGAUCGCUCUACCAACACUCAUCUGGUCAACACCGAGAAGGCCAACGAGCUCAAGGCUGCCCCCGCCAAGAUCGAAUCAAUGGAAUACCACCGACAAGUGCUCCAGGGCAAGUUGGAGAGCGGAGACAAGCAACAAGCCAGCUAUGUAUCGCCUUCGGAUGACAUUAUGAGCCCGUGCUCCAAGAAAUUGAGCGACUUGAAGGGCAAGCGCUUCAAGAAUGCUGGCAAGCCCCAAUCACUAUUCGCCAAACUAGGCAAGAAGAACUUCGAGCAGUCUGCUGCCAACCAUAACGCCAGUGAGGCCGAGAUGCCGAAGUAA